AGCCUAUCGAAAAACGCCGUGCUGAGGUUCCGGCAUCUAUUUUAUUUACCAGCAGUUAAAUUAUUAUAGAAAUCAAACAAAAUGACCAUCGGCAAGAAUAACAAAAUGAUUCAGCACCUGAAUUAUCGGGUGCGAAUCGUCCUCCAGGAUUCCCGCACCUUCAUCGGGACCUUCAAGGCAUUCGACAAACACAUGAACUUGAUUCUCGGAGAUUGCGAGGAGUUCAGGAAGAUUCGCUCGAAGAAUUCCAAAGUGCCGGAGCGUGAGGAGAAGCGAGUGCUGGGCUUCGUCUUGCUGCGCGGCGAGAACAUAGUUUCCCUCACGGUGGAAGGUCCUCCGCCGCCAGAGGAGGGUCUGCCCCGAGUGCCCAUUCCGGGAGCAGCUCCUGGCCCGGGCAUCGGUCGGGUGGCCGGACGAGGAGUGCCCAUCAACAUGUCCGCUGUGCCAGCGGGUCUCCAAGGACCUGUGAGAGGCGUGGGCGGACCCGCCCAGCAGCACAUGGCUCCGAUGGGACGGGGAGUGCCCCGGGCUCCGAUGAUGGGCGCCCCGCCACCGGGCAUGAUUCCCGGGGGGAUGCCCUCGAUGCCGGGCAGCAUGGGACGCGGCGCUCCUCCACCGAUGCGCGGUCCGCCGCCAAGCAUGAUCCGCGGAGCACCACCACCGGGCAGGGGUGGUUACUAGGUAUACAGUACAAGCUUAAAAAACUCUUAGAAAACAAUAAAACUACAAUAUUUUGUAUCGA